AUGCAAGACAUCAGCCUGCAGAAAUCAACUUUCUUCGCCUCGGGACUUUCUGAGCAAGAAAUAACGACUAUUCAGGCUUCAACUGGAAUGCCUUGCGGAAGUUUACCUAUGAGAUAUCUAGGAGUCCCUCUGUGCACAAAGAAGCUUAACCUGCAGAAUUGCGAGCCUCUACUCCAGCAGAUCAAACAACGUCUCGCCUCGUGGUCUGCCAAAGCUCUCUCUUUUGCUGGACGUCUCCUUCUGAUUAAAACUGUAAUAUCUGGAGUCUUUACCUUCUGGUGUUCCAGCUUUAUCCUGCCAAAGGCCUGCAUUAACAGGAUUAACUCGCUUUGUGGUCAUUUCCUAUGGAACGGUAAUAUUGAAGGCCAUCAUACUGCAAGAGUGAGUUGGGAAACGGUGAUACUUACCAAAGCGGAGGAAGGACUUGGUGUGAAAGAUCUACAUAGCUGGAACCUAGCAUGUAUACUGAAGCUCAUUUGGAUGCUCUUCUUUCGGCCAAGCUCUGUCUGGGUCUGUUGGUUUAAAGAAGUCAUACUAAGAGGAGAUAUAUCAAACUAUUGGACAAUCAAGAAAAGCUCUACUCACUCUUGGUUGGCAAACAGGAUGAUCAAAGCACGCGACCUAAUCCUCCCUUUGCUUAAGCGUAGGAUUGGCAAUGGAGAAACCACAAGGUUCUGGUUCGAUAACUGGUCACCUUUCGGUAGUAUCGACACAUUUCUGAAUGGCAACUCCUCCCGACUUGGAAUUCCAAAGAAUGCGACUCUUGCAUCUCUCUUCACAGCUACUCGCUGGCGUUUUCCUCCUGCGCGCACUGACAACCAACUACUACUUCAGGUGCAUCUAACUACGGUGUUGUUAACUCAGGAAGAGGACUACUAUGAAUGGGAGAUUGAAGGUAAGGUCAGACUCAAGUAUCACACAGGAGAGAUGUACACUUAUCUGAAAGGCCAUCAGCCGCUUGUCCCUUGGGCUAAGAUUGUGUGGUGCUCCUACGCCAUCCCGCGCCAGAGUUUUCUAACUUGGUUGGUUCUACUUGACCGCUGCCCUACAAGAGAUAGGUUGAACAGAUGGGGUCUCAAUGUGGAUCCCAUGUGUCUACUCUGUAAUACACAACAUGAAACUAGGAAUCACCUCUUCUUUGAGUGUGGUUUCAGUUUGGCGAUUUGGACUCAGGUAGCAGCGCGAUGCGAUCUCCAACCUCUACGCUCGUGGGAGGACACUCUUCUCCAGCUCCAGGCUCUGCGAUCGCCGCGUCACGCUCUCCGCCUUACGCUACUUGCGUUGCAAGCGACUGUCUAUUGGGUCUGGUCUAAAAGAAACAGUAGACUCCACAGCCGUGUUUUUAGAUCUCCGGAUGCUAUUGUUUCACUGAUUGACAAGCAGCUUCGAAAUCGUCUUCAGAGCAUCCGACUAACCAACCCUACAUCCUCCUCCGCAAUGACGCAACUCUGGUUCCUUCACUCUCAGGUGUGA